GACUGAUGAGGAGGCCAUGGAGCGGCUAUAGGCCCUAUAAUAUGCCAUGUGCCGGAUUGGGAUUGCCUGCCCACUGCCUAUAUAUAGGCAUGGCCUCCUCUGAUCAGAUUGAACGUUAAGACUUGUACAGGUUUCCUCUGGAACCAGCCGGCCAUUUGAAAGAUGAAAGAAAAAUCAAAGAACAAGAAGAGGAAACAUUUGGAGGAUGGGGGGAAAGACUCCCAGGUUCCUAAGAAGCAGAUAAAAGAUGCUCUUGGUGAGGCAGUUGGCCUAACUUUAAGUAAAACAAAAAAGAGGAAAAUGGGGAAGGAUGACAAUGGGGAUACACAAUGCGAGAAUGAUGUAAUUAAGGAGGGAAAAAAGAAAAGGAAAAAGAAAAAGGAGGAUCGAAAACUUGACUUGGAUGACAUUGGACAAGUUGGUGACCCUGACGCAGUUCAUGUGACCAAGAAAAAGAAAAAGAAAAGUAAGAGAAAGGACUUGUUGGAGAGUGAAAAUGUUGUUGUUGGCAAAACAAAAAAGAAAGCAUGUGACACUUCUGGUACUGAAAAUGAUGGUAUGGGGAAUUCAGGAGCAGUUGAAAAGAAAGAAAAGAAGAAGAAGAAGAAGCAAAACAAAAUUAAACAAUCUGACAUUAGUGUUCCUUCUGAAAAUGUGGCUUCUGUCAGUAAAAAACAUACGAAGAAAGAUAAGGGUGUCAGUGGUGUAGGACAUUCUGAUGCUGAAUUAGACCCUAAAAAGAAGAAGAAAAGUGAAAGAAAAGAAAAAGACAUUGGUGACACUGACAAAUGUGAUGAUGUUGGUAAAAAGAAAAUGAAAGAUAAGCAAAGUGUUUUAAAUGAGAUUAUAAGUUCUGAGGGGGUGAAAAAGAACGAGAAGAAAAAACGGAAAGAUACAGAUGAUGUUGUUGGUGUUGAUAAUGAUUCAGAUGAGGUUGUUAGUACUGAUAAAGUUAAAAAAGGCAAGAAGAGAAAACAAAAAGAUGUAGAUGAUAUUGUAGGUGAUGAUAAUGAUGUUCCUGUGAGUAAAAAGAAAAAGAAGGGCAAGAAAGAUAGAAGUCCUGAUACUGAUAUUAUAAAUUCUGUGUCUGGUGCUAAAAGGAAGAAGAAGGAUAAAAAGAGGGGGUUGAAGGAAGGGGAAGAUGAUAAGAAUGGUGAUGAUAGUUGUGGUAGUCCUGUAUCUAACAAAAAACCAAUUGAAAAAGUUGUUGCUUCUGAAAACUUGGCUGUAGAAAAUGAAAAUGGGGGCCAGCUGAAUGGUGGUUCUUGUAAGAGUAGGCCCAGUAUUAACUUGGGUCAGUGGGGUACUGCUACAUUUGAUGAUAAAGAGAGACAGGACAAGUUCUAUCGUCUCCUUGGUGGGUUCAAAAAGAAAACUGACACUCCGGUCCAAAACACUGCAGUGACAAACUCGGUGAAGAAACUAAAUCCAUUUGUAAAUCCAAACUCCCCUUUCUUGCGAAAAAAUCUUGCUCUGUCGAGUUCAGAUGCGAAGAAUUUGGAUGAUAAUUUGGAAAAGGAUUUCAACCGUGCAAUGGAGUGGAAGCUGACCAUGCCAAGGGGGACAGGUAUUGGGUAUACCCCACCUCCAGAUGCAAAUAAAGUAUUUUACAUUGACAAAACUAAAUCAAGUUCUAUAAAAUUUGAUUAAAGUUGCUGGUACAUGUAGAUAGAAAUUUGUCUUGGGACAAACGUUUGUUUGAAGCUGGUAAUGUUGUUAAAAUGUCAUUUGCAUUGGAUGGUUAUGUACGAUUCUAUUGUUUGUGAAUAACUUCGUUGCCAUCUCUGAAUAAACUGUCAAUGUAUUAUUUCAUGAUUCAAUGU